AUUCUCCCAACGUGAACAAGCAGAAAAAAAUUUGAAAAAGUUACUGGAAGAAAUUGCAUCUGAAAAUGACGAGUUAUCAUCAAAGGCACAAGUGAUGCUUCGUGAUUUUGAUAUUAUUAUUAAAAAUUUAGCUGCAGAACGAUAUUGGAACUCAACCAAAGUAAACGAAGAACGUGAAAAGACGCGUUUAGAAGAAAUUAUUUCUAAUGAAAAAGAAAAACAGCACUUCUUUAAGCUGAAAUCAAAUAUUGCUAUGGAGCAUGAUAUCGCAAGCAAUUUGUUCCAAAUCCAAAUUCAGAACCGCUUUAAACGUUAUAACGAUUCAUCAAAACAGAAUGACAGUAAAAAAAGGAUCAAAAUUGACGAUUAUUUUCCCGUACGCAGCAUCACUCCUCAAACAAAUAUUAGUACUGUAGAUUUAAACCCAGAUGAUUCCUGCGUUUCCUUUGUUUCACAUGACAUAUCUUGUGAAAGUUAUGAACAAAGCAUUUGUGCAGAUGAGGAUGAUAAAUUCAAAUCAAUGAUUUCUUGGAAAAGCCAUGACAAUAUUUUAGACAUGCAGAUGGAUUUUGAAGAAAAAGAUGAAUUAACUGAAGAUGAAUUUGAAAAAAGAUUAGCGGAUACAGAUAUUGUCGACAUAAGUUCGAGUAACCCUUCUUCAGUAAAUAAAGUAGUUUUCAAUAAAUUAAAAAAAACCGCGCAAUCUCAACCUCCACCUCGUAUUAAUGUUGAUGGACUUAGAAAGUGGAUUCAAAAAAAUUAUGCUCGUGAACUCACCAUUACGAUGUCAAACCUUCGAUCAACUACAACUAUUGAAAAUUUUAAUACUGAACAAACUGAUUUUAUAAAACGAAAUACAUACACAGCAACGAUAGUAUCACCUGAUUUUGAACUUUUGAAAUUUUCUUUUCCUAAUUUGUUUAUUAGCAGAUGGAAUGAUAAUGAAGUUCCCUCGUCUAAAUGGUGUAAUGAAAUUGUUUACGGUGAUGAAAAUGCUUUUGCGCGUAAUGCAGAUGGCAUUCUUUUUAAUUACGAGAAUACUAGCCAAGAAUUUUUACUUUUUGAAAAUGUCAGCUCCCCAUUAAAGACAAAAAAUCCAAAAUAUAAGGGCGACCUUUUAAAAUGCUUCCAAAACUCUGUAGAUGCAAUAUGCAAAACUUUCUGGAACGGGGAUGGUGAUGUAGAAUUGGCUAAAAAGUAUUACGUAUUAGCCUAUGUGUU